GGGGUGAGAAGAAAGAAAAAAAGAGUUCCCUCCAGCUGUCGAGAGCACCAGUGACAAGCUGGUCGGUAAAGAGUGAGCCCUUUGCGCAAACGUCCACCUCAUGUCCAUGUGGGCAUUGAUCCGCGAGUGACAGAUCACCGCCUCUAAAGCAGCCCCCGGGUUCAGGGUCCCCUCCUGACCAGCACCAAUCUGAGAUGGAUAGACGGAGGGGGCGGGAAGGUUAGUUUGAAGAGGGCAGAGCUUUGCGAGAGGACGCCGAUUUCGGCUUAUUGUUUCACCGCUGGAGAAAAAGAAAGAAAAAAACAACCAAAAAACAGUGGACAAUAACAGCUGAGAGAGAAAUCAGUCCGAACAAGAAGCUCAUUAACCCCGAGGAAAGCCAGUCGGGAGAGAAGAAACAGCUAGAACACAUCCCUUUAUAUCUGCUGGACCCCUCUGUUUUAACUGAUAUGGCUGCUGCAAUGUGGAAGCUUAAAUCACUGCACAUGGGCUUGUGGAUCUUCUUCCUGCUCGUCAACCUCCUUCCUGCAGCCAGGGCAGUGGUUGGGCACAGAGAGCUGUUGCCUGAUGAUAGUAGAGACAAUAUCACCAUUUUCACCCGGAUCCUAGAUCGGCUGUUGGAUGGAUACGACAACAGGCUACGUCCAGGGCUGGGAGAGAGUGUGACAGAAGUGAGGACAAACAUCUACGUGACCAGUUUCGGGCCGGUGUCGGAUACAGACAUGGAGUACACCAUCGAUGUCUUCUUCCGCCAGAGUUGGAGGGACGAGAGGCUGAAGUUCGACGGGCCCAUGCAUGUGUUACCCCUCAACAACCUCCUGGCCAGUAAGAUCUGGACUCCUGACACCUUUUUCCAUAACGGAAAGAAAUCGGUGGCCCACAACAUGACGACUCCAAACAAACUGCUGCGAUUAGUUGACAACGGCACGCUUCUCUACACGAUGAGGUUGACCAUCCAUGCCGAGUGCCCCAUGCACCUGGAGGAUUUCCCCAUGGAUGCACAUGCCUGUCCUCUGAAAUUCGGAAGUUAUGCUUACACCAAUAAUGAGGUGAUCUACCUGUGGACUCAGGGAGACGAGAGGUCUGUGUCUGUGGCAGAGGACGGCUCCAGGCUCAACCAGUAUGACUUACUGGGAUAUGUCAUUGGCAAAGAAACCAUCAGUUCCAGCACAGGAGAAUAUGUAGUGAUGACAACAUAUUUCCAUUUGAAAAGGAAAAUUGGCUAUUUUGUGAUUCAAACCUACCUCCCGUGCAUCAUGACUGUCAUACUGUCUCAGGUCUCCUUCUGGCUAAACAGAGAAUCGGUUCCUGCUCGCACUGUAUUUGGGGUCACCACUGUCCUAACCAUGACCACCCUGAGCAUCAGUGCUAGAAACUCCCUCCCUAAGGUGGCCUAUGCCACUGCCAUGGACUGGUUCAUGGCAGUGUGCUAUGCCUUUGUCUUCUCUGCCUUGAUUGAGUUUGCCACAGUCAACUACUUCACCAAGCGCAGCUGGGCAUGGGAUGGGAAAAAAGAGGGCAUGGAAAUAAGGGAACCGUUUCAGGCUAACAUGGCCAGGAUUAACGAUAUGAGAAGAGAAUCUGCUACAUUGUCCAAAAAAGCAAACAACACAUUCAACAUUGUUGGAUCCACCUACGCCAUCAACGUGGCUAAAGACCAAGGUUUAACGACCGUUUCCAAGAGUGCCACUCCAGUCCCCACCAGACACUCCUACCUCCAGGAUGACCCUUACGAGGAGGCCAAGAAGUCAUACAACCGUGUCAGCAAAGUGGACAAGAUAUCGCGCAUCAUUUUCCCAGUUCUGUUCUUCAUCUUCAACUUAGGCUACUGGGCCACAUAUGUCAACAGAAAGCCCGCUAUGAUGAAAGCAAACAACUUAAACUGAAUUUGACCAAAUGCUGGGCUUGAUCUGGUUUUGUUUUGAGGGUAGACAGGUUUGCAGGAGGCCAAGUUCAUCACAUCUUAUUGUGUGUGUAUGUGUGUGCGCCUGUUUCGUGCAUCUGUUUUUUCUUAAGAGUUUGAUAUUUUGCACGUCUGUUUAGAUGGAAGGCACAUUUAAACAACAGUAGAUUCACAUAUAGUAGUGGACGUUGGAGGGAGCACAUUUCAGACUGUGUUUGUGUCAUUUAUUUUUUCUCCCCUCCUCACUUAUCUCUGGCCCUGUUCCCUGUUGUGAGUAACCCAGUGUCCCAUCGCUGUAUCCUGAUUGCUUGCCGUUUUGUAGAGUAGUCAAAUUGUGUUUUCACUAUGUUUUGAAAUGUUUGCGCUUUGCUUAUAAUAAGUUAGAGCAAGCAUGCAUUUGAAGUUUUCAUUGUAGCUCAUUACCAAUGAUAAGGUUUUGACAUAUCCAUCAAGUUAACAACAUGCAUGCACGCACACAGACACAGUUAUCGUCAGAAAAACGCCAGAAGAGCCAUUCGUUGGUUGCCCUGCCCUGCUCUGUUAGCCGGGGGCAGCCUGUAUAGUUCCAUAGGAACAUAAUUAAUAAUCGUCAGGGUCUGGCCUUCAGCUCAUGCUGAAUCUUAACAGACCCAAUGCAGUAUCAUCUGGAAUUGCUAUUGUGUCCCACGAGGCUGCCUGUACAUUUUCUAGUCCAGUGGCUCUUAUUGUUUUAACUGGCCGAGUAUGCUCAAUGACAAAGAAGCUAUGUGCCUUGGUGAAUACACACAUCAUAAAGUAUAAAAGGCUUUGACACGCUCACAUUUGCAUUAACAGCACACAUAUGCACAACGGUCUGUGUGUAUUUUACAUGCAAACAUUUACUGGUGUCCACAGGCACACACUCACCUACGGCCCAUGGGCACAGAGUGUAAAAUUGCCCAUUAGUGUGGAAGGUUAACAGACCUCUGCCUGUGAAAAUAUGAAGAUAUUAAGGGAUCCAGCGUAGUCUAUAACAAUUACCAUGUGCAUUUAUGUUUUGGCUCACACUGUGAGCCAGGCAGUCAUAACAAACUACCACCAUUACCUCAGACUGAAGUGGGAUUCUGAAUCGCAGUUUGUUAUAUGUUUUCCAUGGAAAUACAAAUAACAUUAGAUGUUUUAUACAUUAAAACAUACCAGACCCUAUUUAUUUCAUGUACAUUGUGGGCACGCACCCUGGUGCUUUUAUUUCUUUGUUUUCUCUGCAUCAGUGUUUUUGGCUCCAUUAUAAUCUUUCCGCAUUGUCAUAAGAAUAUUUUUGAUUCAUGUUGUACUUUAGCCCUUUUAUGCUUGAUUGUGUAAAGUAUUGGUGUUUAUUUGAUUAUCUACAUAUGAUGUACUCUUUUUGUGUUUUGAAGUAGACAACAAAUGCCAAUAUGUCACAGUCAUACAGUAUUUCUAAACAUAUUUCAGAGACAUUCUCCUCACUGCAAAGAAAAAACUGUGAAAUUGGUCAACACAAUUGAAAUACAACUAAAUGUAAGUUUUGUCAUUACAUUGUUAUGUAAAAUUGCUUUUAACAAUUGGUGGUUUCAAAAUGUAAGAUGAAAUGUGUCUCCAGCUGUGGUAUCUGUCUCCAACUUUUAUUUUAUUUUUCUUAAAUAACAUCUGUAUUUUUUGUUUUGUGUUGAACUUGUGUUUAAAACAGGCCUUAUAUUAUUCUUAAGCUAUUUCUGUUGGUGUUAUCCCGGAUGCACUCUGGAUAUUUAGCAUUGUCUCAAUUAUAGACUCUUUGAUGACCACUACAUUAACUGUUCUUAAGUGGUAAGCAGAAUGAGUGAACUAUAAUAAUAAUAAUAACCUCUUUAAAAAAGGUGUAACAAAACAUGUACAAUGUAACAGUAUAGGUUAAUGCAUGACAAUCUGUACACGUGUAUGUCUGCAACCUCCAGUAAUGGUGUUUGUCACACUGAAAUAGGGCUUAGUAUCAGUGUUUCUGUAGUUCAUCCCAGUUAGUCAUCAAUUACAUUACAUUACAUUACAUGUCACUUGUUAGACGCUUUUAUCCAAAGCGACUUACAUACUCAAUACUGUGGGCAAUCCCCACAGGAGCAAUUUGGGGUGAAGUGUCUUGCCCAGGGACACAACGACAUGCUGACUGCAGUGGGGUUUGAACCUGUGACCUCCUGAUCCGAAUACCAACUCACAACCCACUGCACCACACGCCUCCCUUAAUUACCUACUCAUAACCUCAGCCUCAUCUGCAUAAACACAUUUAAAGUCCAAUUAUGUGUGCAUAUUGAUGUGAUGCUAAUCAUUUAAGGCUGGCACAGACUUCUGAAAGUGUUUUACCCUCGUUUGGUUGCACACAGAUUUUAGGCUUAGUUAUGUACACUACCACACACAGAACUGGCUCUACAUCCAUAUCAGUUACAAACGUUAAAAUACAAAUUCAGUUUGCAUUAAGUAUGGCAAUGUGUUUUCAAACUAGUAGAGGAUAUUUUAACCAUUACAUCCAAUUAAAACCCAUUAGGAUAAUUCAGCCCUUAGAAUAUUGUUCACCCUUUACCGACUUGCAUCAAAAAUUGGACUGUAAACAUCUCCUGGUAAACCAUUUUCAUAUUCAAAAGAAAAACACAGGCACAAACUGACUAGACUGACAUGAUAAAUCAUGAAGCCAUAAACUCUGAAUGGGAUUUUUGAGGUGCUCAUACAAUUGUUAUAGUCAUAUCAAAUUCAUAAUGUGUUUAAUGGCCUUUCUAAAUACUUAACAGAAUUCAGACAUCAUGCUGCUGACACAGAAUGACUUUCUGAAUACAGUAUAUUUCAUGAAUUGAUGGAUUCAUGUCGCAAAACAGUGAUACACAUCUGCUGAGUGUUUAAAGGCGAAUGUCUGCUGCUAUUUCAGGGUCUAAUGACACAAGAGCAUUAAUGUUAAUGUAUAAUUCUCUGAGUACUGUUAUCGAGAUACUGUAGGUAAGUGAGAAGCAGCAGCUGCUAAACAUCUCAGAAAUAAUAUAACCAAGAGGACCACACAGCUUGAGUCAUUUGACAUAAUCAGUAACUUGUUUGUGGGGACCAAAGAAACGGUUGCACUGCAUGUGUGGUAUGACUGUUCAGUACUGUAAAAGGGAUCUAAAUUCAUUUCAACCACAUUGUUAACGGAAUGUUGUGGGUAACUCAUGAAAUCCGCAUGAAAAUAUAGCCUUGACACAAAACUAAGGACCAAAAUACAUAUAGGACGGCAAAAGUGUGAUCUUUGUCAAUAUUUACUGCCGUUUCUUCACUUUCUCCAUCACUGAGGAAUGAUCAAAAAUGGUUUACCGGGAGAUAAAUGAUGUGAAUGUAAUCUUUCCUACUCAUUAUGCUGUAUGAUAAACCCACAGGUCUUUGCGUCAUACGAUCACUUCAAGCCAUUUGCCUACAUUUUUAGCACAACACAAUAUGCAGGAUAACUUUCUUUAUUCACACAUCUUGGUAGCAAAAAAAGGGGGGGGGGGAACACUUCUAGAGCCUCAACCAAAUCAUGUGCCCUCUCCAGGGCUCUCUCUUCUCUCUUUCCUCAAACUGAUAACUGAAUGGCCAUAGCAGACAAACAUGCAGUAGUGCAAUAAUUAGGGAUGAUUGAUCAAGUUUAAAAAGAAAAUAAUGAAACAGUAUUUUGAUGCAUGCAUAACUGGCACAUAAGGUCAAGUGGUAUUUCAGGAAUGAUUUUAUAAUUGUUGUUGGUUAGGGGUUUGAUAAGAAGGACUGCUAUAUUGUUGCUAUUGGUUUGGUUAUGAUUGUGUUAUGUGUGUGGUAAAUCCUUUCCUCACAGGGUCGGAGUUAAUUUCAGUAGAAAUAUGUCAUCCUAUAAGAAACAGUAUAUUAAGAGUAUAUUACUAUAUGAAUCUAUUUAUGCUAUCCAGUACAGCAUUAAAUAUUAUGUUUCAUACGACAUAACCUUUACAGCAUUGAUGAAAAUCUCUUGAUGGGUAGAAAGCAGUAGAAAUAGAUUAACUGAACAUAAUAUUAUAAACUAAAAUGGCAACAAUUCUAAAUGCUCAGAAUAGUGAAUUUGUAGAUAUUGUGAAAUCAAUUCCAAUAGUUUAUGUGAAUAUUGAUAUGUCACGUGAUUUAUUUUUACAUCUGAUAGGUACCGCUGUCUUACGUUGCGCUCUGUAACACUACAUGUUAUGGUAUUUUAAAGACGUACAGUAGAGAUAAUAUUCAUCAAAUUACUAUCUGUACCCUGUGUACACUUUUCAAACCCUACUGUGAAUUAGCAGCUGUCUGCAAGCAGAGUUGUACACACUGUGUUCUCUCUCCAGCAAUUUCACUGCAUGUCCCUACGCAUUGAGAGAUCAAAGACUCCCUCCACAAAGACAGCUCCGGGAACAUAGUGGACUUAGUGUUUUUGUCGGGAAGUUGCUCUCUAUAUGCUCAGUGACUGGACUCUGUAUGUUGCCCUCGUCAUGUUCUUACUGUAUGAGAUGUAGCAAAUGCAAAUGGGGAUUAAAAGGACAUUGUAUUUUC